UAUAACCCCCCCACAGGAUGCCUGGGCAGGCACAGAGCAGCUACUGCCAUGGGGCCUGGAGUCCUGAGUCCCUGCCUCCUGCUGCUGGGGGUCUGGGUCUAUGCCCUCCCAGCUGGCUCUGUCCUGCCCCCUGAACUCAGCAAGGCUGAAGUGACUGGAAUGUUCAAGGAUUUUAUGAUUCAGUUCAACAGAACCUACAGGAGCCCCGCAGAGCAGCGCAGACGCUUCGGGAUCUUCACGCGGAGCCUGCUUGCGGCGCGGCGGCUGCAGGAGACGGAGCUGGGCACAGGGCAGUACGGGGUGACCCGCUUCAGCGACUGGACAGAUGAGGAGUUCCGGGGGAUGUUCUGGAGCCCCCCGCCCCGUACCAUGCACCAGGACCCCCGGCGCCCGAGGAAGAAAUUCCCUAAGUCCUGUGAUUGGAGGAAGGCGGGGGCUGUGACCGCCGUGAAGAACCAGGUAGGCCAGGAGUGCCACUCCUGCUGGGCCUUUGCUGCCGUCGCCAACAUCGAGUCCCUCUGGAACAUCCACUUCCACCAGCCCCGGAACCUCUCGGUGCAAGAGGUGUUGGACUGCAGCUGGUGCGGAGUGGGGUGCAACGGGGGCUACGUGUGGGACGCCUUCACUACGGUGCUAAACAAGGGUGGACUGACCACCGAGACUGCCUACCCCUACACAGGGAGACAGGAGAAAUGCCACAACCUCAAUAAGUAUGAGCCGGCUGCCUAUAUCCAGGGCUUCCAGACACUACCUGGAGAUGAGGAGGAAAUAGCUGCACACAUCGCAACUGAGGGCCCAAUCACAGUUACCCUGAACUCAACUGCCAUGAAGCAUUAUAAAAAGGGCAUCUCACAGCCCUUGGUGAAGAACUGCAAUCCAGACCAGGUGGAUCAUGUUGCCCUGCUGGUUGGCUACGGGAAUGUAAAGGGAAGGCAGUACUGGGUCAUCAAGAACUCCUGGGGGGAAGACUGGGGAGAGAAGGGCUAUUACCGUCUCUAUCGCGGCAGGAAUGCCUGUGGCAUCACCAUGUUCCCUGUAACAGCCACCGUCAACCGCGUUGGGGUCCCGGGACAUAAAGUCCACUGCCCCCCCUGAAAGGGGUGCUGCUGCUGCAGAGAGCCUGCUGACUCCCCUGCUACCACCAAGACAGAAAUAACUGGGGCCAUGGGCCUUCGCUGUGCGAUGGGGGAAUACAUUCGAUACUCAGACUGCUAUAGCUCCAUACCCACAGGUACCCAGAGCUGGGCUCGGCCCUUCCAGCAACACUGCCUCCAAGUGAAUGCUCCUUCCCUUUGCUGCAGCAGCAAAAGGGGCCUACGAAACUGCCAUUAAACUGAUUUUAUGUGCUA